GGCCACGCCCACUAAGUGCCAGAAGCUGGACCUGCUUCUCCGUUUCUUGCAGUGCCGUUUCCGUGGAAGAGGUGAACCCUGGAGGCAUUCUGCAAUUGAAUCUUACAAAAUGCACACGAGACGCUGUUAGAACUUGUGGAAUUUAUUGCAAAAGCGAUACCCGGAUUGCAUAAUGUCAACACACUGCAUCCUCGCUUCGCUGCCAGAGGAGCAUUUCCGCUGUUCGCUCUGUCUGGACCUCUUCACCGAACCCGUCACCACACCAUGCGGCCAUAACUUCUGCAGGACCUGCCUCGGCCAGCGAUGGAGCGAUGGCGACUGUUACCGGUGUCCAAAGUGUAACAAAAGAUUCCCCACGAAGCUAGAGUUCUCCACGAACGAAGUCAUGGAGGAAAUGUCGGUCCAGUUGAAGAGACGGAGAACCGAGGCACUCGAAAGCGAGAACGCCCCGUGGCAGGUGAAGUGCGACGUGUGCGCGGGUUUGCGGCUCAAGGCGUCCAGGUCGUGCCUGGUGUGUCUGGCGUCGUACUGCGACGGACACCUGGAGCCUCACCGGAGGGUCCCCGCCCUGAUGAGACACAAGCUGGUGGAGCCGCUGGAGAACCUGGAGGAGAGGGUUUGUGAGAAGCACGCCAGGAUCCUGGAGUUUUUCUGCAGACGCGAACAAGCGUGCGUCUGUCUGCUGUGCUGCGGAGCAGAGCACAGAGACCACGAGACGGUGCCUGUCGAAGAGGAGGGGGCUCUGCAGAAAGAAAACCUUGAAUCCAAACAAGCAAAAAUCAAAGUCAUGAUUGAAGAAAGAAUUAAAAAGAUAGAGGAAUUCACCUCAUCAUCAGAAAUGAGAAAAGCGAAAGCAGACAAACAAGCUGAGGACGGCGAGAAGCUGUUCAUUAACCUGCUGGGUAGAGUGCAAGAGAUUCGAAGCAAACUGCAAACAAACAUUGAGGAAAAGGUGGGGAAAUCCAAGGAAAAAGUCCAGUUGAUGAUUGAGGAGCUACAGGAAGAGGUGGCGGCUCUGCAAAGGAAACACUUGCGACUAGAGGAACUGUUUCAGACUGAAGACCACUUUCAACUUCUACAGACUUUGAAGACUCUGAACGCCACGUCUGAGACGAAGGACUGGUCCCAGACCAAGGUUUACCCAGACAUCUGCAUCCAAACAGUGCGGAGAGCCAUGGAUCACCUAAUGACCAGUUUUCAAACCGAACUGAAAACGCUGACAACCAUUGAACUGACCAGAAUCGGUCAAUACAAAGAAUCUGUCACUUUUGAUGACUCCACCGCCGGCCCUGGUCUUAGAGUACUGGAGUACGGGAAACGUCUGAAGUUCUCCAAAGAAGCCAGGUCACCAUCGUAUGAGUGUCAAAGGUUUGACUUACCCAUGGUUUUUGGGAAGAUUGGCUUCACCUCCGGUCGGCACUACUGGGAGGUAGAGGUGGGCCGCAGAAACGACUGGCAUGUCGGUGUUGCCCUGGAAAUGGUGGACAGAUCAGACGAUGUAAUUGUGAAAAAAGAAAACGGGUUCUUUUCCAUUGGAAAGUCUGGCUUUGAUUACUAUGUUCAUUGCUCACCACAGCGAGUUCUUCAUCUCUGUACCAGGCCCAGUACCAUGGGGAUUUAUCUGGACUACGAGGAAGGCCGGGUGUCCUUCUACGACCUGGAUAAGAGGCUCCACAUUCACUCUUACGUAGGAGAAAGCUUCACCGGGAGGGUUUUCCCUUACUUCUACCUGCACAGCAAAUCAAAGAGAUCUGAGGCGCUAGUUGUUAAUCCCUACAGGUUCUCGUUCAGUCUUUCACAGUCCAGUUGAAAAGGUUGUAACAUGGGGAUAUGAGUUCACUGAAACCAAAGUAUCUCCAUCAUUCCUGCUGUUGGUCCUUCAUUUAUGUCACCACAGCUGUUGAGUUAACUUUUCUGUGGCUCCAUCAGGCAACUAACAGUAGAGUUCAAACAUGUUGACAAAUGUCCUGAAAUGUAAAUCUGCACCAAUUCUCUUUUUUUUUUGUGUAAACUUGGAAAACAUUUUAAGCACAAAUUGUUUGUAAAUAAACUAAUAACCUUU